AUGGGGUAUCCUGAAAAAGCUCGACAAUUAUGUACUAUACUACUUGAUGAAGCAUCAGAUGAUAAUGAGAGAGCUAUUUUAUACAAUUACAUAAGUAUUAUGUAUGAUAACAUGGGCGAGUAUUCCAAAGCACUUGAAUUCCAGGAAAAAUCACUGGAGAUUAAAAAACAAAAUCUUCCUCCAGAUCAUAUAGAUUUGGCUAGCUCCUAUCAUGGAAUUGGGGGUAUCUACAGUGGCAGGGGCGAGUAUGCGAAAGCACUUGAAUUUUAUGAACGAUCACAUGAAAUCUGUAAAGUAGCUCUUUCUCCGAAUCAUCCCAAUUUGGCAACAUCCUACAACAAUAUCGGUUUGGUGUAUUCGAAGAUGGGCGAGUACUCAAAGGCACUUGAAUAUUACCAGAGUUCACUUGAGAUUCGGAAAAUAGCUCUUCCUCCAAAUCAUCCUGACUUGGCUACUUCCUACGCCAGCAUCGGUUCUGUGUAUGAUGACAUGAAAGAGUACUCGAAAGCUAUUGAAUCCUAUCAACAAUCACUAGAAAUCUGUAAAGUCGCUCUUCCUCAAAAUCAUCCUGACUUGGCUACUUACUAUAACAACAUUGGGACUGCGUAUGAUAACAUGUGCGAGUAUCCGAAAGCACUUGAAUCCCACCAACGAUCACUUGAAAUCAGGAAAAUAGUUUUGCCUCAAAAUCAUCCUGACUUGGUUUCUUCUUACAAUAACAUCGCUUCAGUGUAUAAUAGCAUGGGCAUGUUUUCGAAAGCACUUGAAUUCAACCAGCGAUCGAUUGAAGUUCGUAAAAUAGCACUACCUCCCAAUCAUCCUGACUUGGCUAGUUCCUAUCAAGAUCUGGCUGUUACGUAUUCUCACAUGAAGCAGUACUCGAAAGCACUUGAGCAUCUUGAACAAUCGCUUGAAAUCCGUAAAAUAGCUCUUCCUCCCAAUCAUCCCGACUUGGCUAUUGCCUACAGGAACAUCGGGAAUGUGUACGCUCACAUGGACGAGUACUCGAAAGCCCUUGAUCCGUACGAACGAUCACUUGAAAUCAGUAAAAUAGCUCUUUCUCCGAACCAUGAAGAUUUGGCGCAGAUCUACAGUAACAUUGGCCUUGUGUACUCUAGUACGAACGAGUAUUCCAAAGCACUUGAAUUCUAUGAACGAUCUCUUGAAAUUCGCAAAAUAGCUCUUGCUUCGAAUCAUCCAGACUUGAGUACUACCUUCAACGCCAUCGGGGAUGUGUAUUAUCAGAUGGGCCAGUAUUCGAAAGCGCUUGAAUAUUACGAAAAAUCUCUUGAGAUUCGUAAAACAGCUCUUCCUGCUAAUCAUCCUGACUUGGUGACGCUCUAUAACAAUAUCGGUUUUGCGUACGAUAAUAUGGACAAAUAUUCAGAAGCACUUGAAUACUUCGAACGAUCACUUGAAAUUCUUAAACUAACUCUUCCUCCGAAUCAUCCCGACUUGGCUACCUCCUAUAACAGUAUCGGGAAUGUAUAUGAUAACAUGGAUGAAUCCUUGAAAGCACUUGAAUCCUACGAAAAAUCCCUUGAAAUUCGUAAAACAGCUCUUCCUCCAAAUCAUCUAGACUUGGCUGUUUCCUACAACAAUAUCGGCUUUGUGUAUGAUAAGAUAGGAGAGUACUCUAAAGCGCUUGAAUCUUAUGAAAAAUCCCUUGAAAUUCGUAAAACAGCUCUUCCUCCAAAUCAUCUCGACUUGACUGUUUCCUACAACAACAUGGCCUCCGUGUAUGAUAGCAUGAGUGAGUACUCGAAAGCACUGGACUUAUAUGAACGAGCCCUUGAAAUCCGUAAAAUAGCUCUUCCUCCAAAUCAUCUCGACUUGGCUAAAUCCUACACCAAUAUCGGGCAUGUUUAUUAUAAGAUGGGCCAGUACUCUAAAGCACUUGAAUCCUACGAACAAUCACUUGAAAUUCGUAAGAAAGAUCUUCCAAUAAAUGAUGCUGAGUUGGCUACGUGCUACAGCAGUAUCGGAAACACUUAUUAUAACAUGAACCAGUACUCUACAGCACUUGAAUUCUACGAACAAGUACUUGAAAUCCGAAAAUCGAUUCUUAUUCCGAAUCAUCCAGAUGUUGCUGUUAUCUAUAAAGAUAUUGGAGACGUGUAUGAUAGCAUGGGCGAGUACCUGAAAGCAAUUGAAUUCCAUAAACGAGCACUUGAAAUUCGAAAAAUAGCUUUCGGGACGAAUCAUUCUGACGUCGCUGAAUCAUAUAGCGACAUCGGUCUAGCGUAUUAUAAAAUAGCCGACUACUCGCAGGCACUUGCAUCCUAUGAGCAGUCCCUUGAAAUCCGAAAAAUAGCGUUCCCCGUGAAUCAUUCUGAUCUGGCUCUCAGUUACAGGAAUUUCGCAGCCUGUUGCGAGAAAAUAGGUAAUUAUACAGUUGCUCUGAGGGCUCUUCAAAGUUGUUAUGAAACCCAACAGGAAGCAAUUGAAGAUGAGAAUGAAGAUUUUGCUUUUACCUACAGCUGGUUUGGAAGAGUAUAUCGUAGUAUGAAGAAUUACCAAAAGGCACUAGAAUACUUCGAGAAAUGUCUUGCAAUAGAUAUAAAAACAUUAGCAGAAAAUGAUCCAGAUGUUGCUAUAACGUACAGUAAUAUCGGCGAUAUUUACCGAUUAAUUGGUGAUCAUGAAAAGGCACUUAAAUAUCAUCGAAAAGCAUUGGACAUUCAAGAAAAUGCUGAAUGUAAACCUGUGGAUUGUGCAACAACCUACAUAAACUUAGGUGAAACAUAUCGAGAGAUGAAAGAUUAUGAAACAGCAUUAAAAUAUUUUGAAAAAGGAAUUGAAAUACGUAAAAAUAAACUACCAAAAAAUCAUCCUGAUUUAGCUGUUGGUUAUCACAGUAUGUCAAAAUUAUAUAUAGCUACAAGGGAAUAUGAUGCAGCCAUGAAAAAUGUUCAAGAAGCCAUAGUCAUCGCACAAGAGAAAUUACCUCCUUAUCAUCCACAUUUGUUGGAAUAUAAAGAAACAUUCGAAACAAUACGAAAGGACAUGUAG